AGGCCAUUCUUUCGGUUUAUUCCGCCUGCAAGUUUUCUUAUGUAGCCUAGCCAAAAAGAAAAAGAAGAAGUUCGCGAAUCGACAUUUCGGAAACAGUAGAAUCAACUCAUAUCUGCUGAAAACUUCUUAACGGCUUCUUCUCGUACGUAAAAGUAAAAGAAUAUACAGAAAAGCAAAAGGCUAUCAUCUUCAUCACGACUCCACUUCGCUGCAAAUUCGUUGUAAGCGUAAGCGUCUCUACGUUUUUGAAAAACAAAAAUAUAUCAAAAUGUCGUCCGCGCCUUCCUCCUCAAUCCCGUCCAGCAGCGCGUCGCUGCGAUCCCAGCGGAAUUAUGCGAAACCCUACCCAGUGUUGGUGCAGCCGCCCGUGAUCGCGGUCCAACACACCAUGCCUACUGCGCCCAUCCCGCGACCCUGGAUCCACGGUAAAAACGACGACGUGUGUUGUGCCUGCUGGGAUCGUAUGCAUUGCAAAUAUGUCUGGGUCUGGAAAAAUUGGAAUCUGUAUUGCGUGUCCUGCACUCCUGUAAAAUCUGUAUUGCGUGACCGACAAAAGCGCUAAUUAUUUGUCAUGCAAAAACGCAGUUUCUCAUGCGCAUUACAUAUGAGUAAGCGUCCUGAAAAUUUGUCAUGCUUGGCUGCUCUCAGGAGUUGGCUCAAUCAUCGCCACUUAGCAUCACAAGUUUCCAGACCCAGACAUAUUUGCAAUGCAUAGAUUGCUGCACCGCGCUGCCGUCGACGGAGACGCGCGACAUUAUGGAGUUCUCAAAUGUUACAUUCUCAACUGUAGUUACAUGAAAAUUGUAAUGCAAGAAUGGCAAAAGUGGAAGGGAAAAGAUUCCGCGUUUUGCAUUACAGGUUUGGAGCAGAUUAUAAUGCUAUCUAGUGAGUCGAGAACUUGUCAUGCAAAACAGCUUGGUCAUGUAGAUGUUGUUGCCAAUUUUGCAUGACAAAUUUAUGUAACAGUUGAGAGUGUAACGUUUGGGAAUCCCAUAGACAUGGCGACCAACGGGUUACUCCGGAUAAACUUCACCUAUUGGGACCGGCACUGCUGCGCGUGCGGGCCGCACCCGGGGGUGGCGGAACAGGUACAGGAUCAGCACUGCCCGGAGGAGGUCAUUCAAGCGGCCAUUGUGAACUGCGGGGGGAAUCCAGUAAUUGAGCUAAAGCAGGAACCUGAGCAACUAGAGAAAAUAAACGAGGAGCCCGGUCGCGUUCUCGACAUCCGAAAGGAACUAAUCGACAUUUGGGACGAGUACCUUGGCCAGGACGGGAUGCUCUUUCACUGCUGGGUCACCAUCACCUACGACGGUGAUGGCCGGCCGCAGAAAAACCGCCACUUUCGCCGUUGGAUCGCGUUGGCGUUGACCCCGGAGCAGAGCGCGCUGCUGGCGGGGGAACCCCACAUCAGCGGGGACGUGGAGGUGGAUUUGUGUUGCGGUGGGGUCAACGAACUAGCGCUGAGUAUGCACCCGCCCAAUGGCAUGCUGUUCUGAGUUCUCCUUUGGGGAUGGGGGGUGAAUAAAUCCGAAAAAUAACAAGAAUACCGGACUGCAAUAUGAAAAAGAAAAUGAAUAAAAUUGAGCAGAAGCAUAAGGAUAAGCGUGAUAGGCACGCACUACGAUUAGAAUAGUACGCGCUGCCAUGAUACAUCAUAGCCAUCUUGUUUUUUCUUGUGGAAAAUGAACUACCGUGGACAAUUUUUUUUUUUUUGACAUUGAAUACACAGGGGAUUGACACAUAUAUGUAAUUUUUUUUCCGCAGACAGCUCUACUGUUGCGAGCAGUUUUCUGGUUUUUUUCGAAAACGUCGUUUCUAGUCUGUGCGAACCAUUUAGAUAUUCACACUCGUUCUCACUUGAUAGCUCUACCUUUUCUUGUAUGAAUUGCGCAGAUAGAGAUGAACCACAAUAACAAUAUAAGUAGAAGCCGCACUCCAAUUUUUUCGCAAGGCACAUAAUUCUUUCGUUUCUCUUUAUUGUCGUCAACAAGAAGUAAUUCUGCUUUUGUACUUGGAUUUGUUUCACUUACUUUUGGGAAUUUUUGUGCCUGAGGAGACGUUUUUUCAGGUUGCAUGAUCCCGAAAUUGUAGCACGAAAAGAAGCAGAAGCAAAGCGCACUGGUUGAUGUUGAAUCAAGAAAAGCUGCGAAUGACAACGAACAAAAGGAAAAGUGCUACGGUUAUUUCACCUUGGUUUCGCUGCAGAGAUGAGAAGCAAGAGCAAGAUUUGUCCGCUUUCGUUUGAUCCGGAAGCCAAGAACAAUCUGCUCGACCAUGAUGCAGAUCGGGAACAAGCCUGAGACAAGUCCAUAGACAGAUGCAGAUACUACAUCUCGUAGAACAUAACGACGACGAGCAAAAGAUCAAAGACGAGCCGCAACGUGAAAAAGGUC